AUGAUGACACAAGUGGACGUUGAACAACAAUCAAUGAGAUCAUUAGCUACUCCCCUACCACCGAUAGCUAUCAUCCCAAUCAAUGACACGUCAUUAGAGCUAAGGGAGAAGACGAAACGGCCUGAAGAUCUAUCAACAAUAACUAUCUCGACCGUUGCUGAUAACAAUGAUUCAUCGAGAACGACAAAAUCGUGUUUUUCGAAAAUAUUUAUUUUCUUUCGACGAUACAUUACAUUUUUAAAACUUGUAUUUAAAUCUAUUUUACCUGAUUUGAAAUCUUUCAAAUGGUGGCAGAUAUUGAUUCUAACACUAUUCGCUACAUUCAAUGUUGCCUUCUCUAUUCUGGAUUUCAAUUCGUUCUUUGCUCGAGAACCAAAACGUGCACUUCUCAAAUGGACGAAUGAUCUUAACGAUGGCAUUCCAUUAUGGCGUCGUAUUCUUCUCUGUUUAUCUGGUGUCGCGGCAUUCACUAAUGUUCUCAAUGUUGUCUUAGUCAUUCGCGGUAAACUUUCGUCAUUUUUCUGGGGUAUCAUCGGAGCGAUUUUGUAUGGCACCUAUGCAUUUGCAUACGGCUAUGUUGGUGACGCCCAACUGUAUGUUCUGUUUUUUCUGCCUAUGCAGUUUGUCGGAAUAUAUAUCUGGUCAAAGCAGCUAAACAAUCAAUCGACCACCAGUGUGAAAUCAUUGAAACUAUUCGGUUGGAUAUUGAUUCUUGUACUGUGUGUUGGCCUAGGAUUUUUAUUCUAUUACGAAAUACCAGCAUUUGCGAAACUAUUGACAUCACAAUACUUUUUCGAAACGAACUUCGUUGCACAUUUAUUCGACGCUUCGACCAAUGCAAUCAGCGUAGUCGCUCAAUUCCUACUUAUUCUAUGUUAUUGGGAACAAUACAUUCUAUGGGCAGUAGUGAAUGUUAUCGGAAUCAUUAUGUAUAGUGGUAAGUAA